AUGAGUGAGGUAUUCGAAGGAUAUGAGCGUCAGUACUGUGAGCUUUCUGCGAAUCUGUCCAGAAAAUGUCACUCGGCUGGUCUUCUUGCAGCUGGAGAGCAGAAGAAGCAACAGGUUUCUGAAUUAAAAGAAGGAUUGGACGAUGCUGAUGUUCUGAUACGAAAAAUGGACCUUGAGGCUAGAAGUUUGCAGCCAAGCGUAAAGGCUAUGCUACUUGCAAAGCUUAGGGAAUAUAAAUCUGACCUGAAUAAUUUGAAAAGGGAAGUUAAAAAGCUCACAUCAGGUAACUCCAGUCAAGCUGCCCAUGAAGAGUUGCUAGAAUCUGGAAUGGCAGAUACACAAGCGGUUUCUGUUAAUCAAAGAGAAAGACUGGCUAUGUCAACUGAGAGACUGAAUCAGUCUAGUGAUAGAAUCAAAGAGAGCAGAAGAACUAUGCUGGAGACAGAAGACCUUGGUGUCUCGAUCCUUGAAGAUUUGCAUCAGCAACGUGAAACUCUCCUUCAUUCUCAUAAGAAGCUUCAUGGUGUAGAUGAUGCCAUUGACAAGAGUAAGAAAGUGUUGUCUGCCAUGUCUAGAAGGAUGACACGGAACAAGUGGAUCGUCUGCUCCAUAAUUGGAGCACUUAUCCUUGCAAUUAUCUUAAUCUUAUAUUUCAAGAUUAGUCACCAUUAA